GGCCGUGGGAGGCGGGCCCGGCGGAGCCCAGCCGCGCGGGGACCGGCCCCGGCGCCCGCUCCCUCAGCGCGUCCCGGCCGCGCUGACCGGACGAGCCCGGAGACCGCCCCCACCCCCGGCCCGGGCCCCGGCCGGGCGCAGUCGCGAUGUCGGUGGCGGGGCUGAAGAAGCAGUUCCACAAAGCCAGCCAGCUAUUUAGCGAAAAAAUAAGUGGCGUUGAAGGAACGAAACUAGAUGACGAAUUUCUUGACAUGGAGAGGAAAAUAGAUGUUACCAAUAAAGCUGUUGCAGAAAUUCUUUCGAAAGCCACAGAGUAUCUUCAGCCAAAUCCAGCAUACAGAGCUAAGCUAGGGAUGCUGAACACUGUGUCGAAGAUCCGAGGACAGGUGAAGACCACCGGGUACCCGCAGACGGAAGGCUUGCUGGGCGACUGUAUGCUCAAGUACGGGAGGGAGCUCGGGGAAGGCUCCACCUUCGGUAGUGCAUUAAUAGAAGUCGGUGAAUCCAUGAAGCUCAUGGCUGAGGUGAAAGACUCUCUUGACAUUAACGUAAAGCAAACUUUUAUUGAUCCACUUCAGUUACUACAAGACAAAGAUUUAAAAGAGAUUGGGCACCACCUGAAAAAGCUGGAAGGCCGCCGCCUGGAUUAUGAUUAUAAAAAGAAGCGAGUAGGUAAGAUACCAGACGAAGAAGUCAGACAAGCGGUAGAAAAAUUUGAAGAGUCGAAGGAGUUGGCUGAAAGAAGCAUGUUUAAUUUUUUAGAAAAUGAUGUAGAACAAGUCAGCCAGUUGGCUGUGUUUAUAGAGGCGGCUUUAGACUAUCACAAACAGUCCACAGAGAUUCUGCAGGAGCUACAGAGCAAGCUACAGAUGCGAAUAUCGGCCGCAUCCAGCGUUCCCAGACGAGAAUAUAAGCCCCGGCCCAUAAAAAGGAGUCCUAGUGAACUCAAUGGGGUGUCCACCACCUCAUCAGCGAGGACAACAGGUUCUAACGUUCCCAUGGACCAGCCCUGCUGUCGUGGUCUCUAUGAUUUUGAGCCAGAGAACCAAGGAGAACUAGGAUUUAAAGAAGGAGACAUCAUUACAUUAACCAAUCAGAUAGAUGAAAACUGGUAUGAGGGAAUGCUCCAUGGGGAAUCUGGAUUCUUCCCCAUUAAUUAUGUUGAAGUGAUCGUGCCUUUACCUCAGUAAAUGUGUAACUCAAACUUUGGACCUACUUUCAUAACUGAAAUGAAUUCACACCAGUGUUCUCUCCGUGUGGCGUUCUGUGACAUCCUUGCUCUUUGACCCACUUAAUGACUUUUGUAUGUGUGUUCUCUUUAUAAUGUAUUUUGUAUCAAUUUAAUUUGUAUAAAUGAUUUUCUUGUCUUAGCUACAUGAAAAUAUACUUUCCUUUUUCGCUUAGUGUUCUAAAAGUCUUCGGUUGAAUAAAUGUCCGUGCUUCUCGUUGCUAAGAAUAAACCACACCCAUUGCAGUUAUGUUAAUGAAUUGCCUGUAUUCCUCAGCUGCAACGGAAUGCAAAAUUUGAAACUUAAGAAAUGCUAAAUAUUUUGUUUCCUGACGUUACUGAUGUCAUCUGGUCUUUCCUUUCCUCCUGUUUUAGCUGACCUGUGAAUAGCCCAAUAAAUAUGACACACCGUGUUGGCAAAA